CAGACAUCAAUUUCAUACCCGCUCGAUUUUCUCUCUUUCCUGAAUUUAUACAUUCAUAUAUCUGUAUCUAUAUAUACACCUUAACAUCGUCUCCAUCUAAACUUCCUUGCCGGAACCUGCAUUGUCACCCAUCCACCCGGCCUUCAUUUUGCUUCACUUUUCGUCUCUUUUACCAAAUUUCAUUUUGUUCGUUUUUCUCGUCGGAGAUCCGUCCUCCUCCGCUAUCACGGCCAUGGGGACGUCAACAAUUCUCCCAGAUCUCGGCACCGAAAUCGUAAUCCCAGUCUGCGCCGUCAUAGGAAUUCUCUUCUCUCUCAUCCAAUGGUGCCUUGUCGCCAAAAUCAAGCUCUCGCCGGAGAAGCCUUUCGCCGGUGGCGGCAGGCAUGGGUACGCUGAAUCCUUGAUUGAGGAAGAAGAAGGCGUCAAUGACCACACCGUUGUUCGUAAAUGUGCCGAAAUUCAGAACGCUAUUGCCGAAGGAGCAACUUCCUUCCUCUUCACUGAAUACCAAUACGUUGCUGUUUUCAUGGCUGUUUUUGCUGUUCUAAUCUUUGUAUUCCUGGGCUCCGUUGAGGGUUUCAGCACCAGUGACCAACAAUGCACAUACGAUAGCAGCAAGCUCUGUAAACCUGCACUUGCAACUGCCAUCUUCAGCACCAUAUCAUUUCUACUAGGCGGCAUCACCUCAGUCAUAUCUGGCUACCUUGGAAUGAAAAUUGCUACAUAUGCAAAUGCCAGAACUACCCUUGAAGCAAGAAAGGGAGUAGGGAAGGCUUUUAUUGUUGCUUUUCGUUCUGGUGCUGUCAUGGGGUUUCUCCUAGCUGCAAAUGGUCUCCUUGUUCUGUAUAUCACCAUCAACCUGUUUAAACUUUAUUAUGGUGAUGAUUGGGAAGGCCUUUUUGAAGCCAUAACUGGUUAUGGACUCGGUGGAUCUUCCAUGGCACUCUUUGGUAGAGUUGGUGGUGGAAUAUACACCAAAGCCGCUGAUGUUGGGGCGGAUCUUGUUGGCAAGGUAGAAAGGAACAUUCCAGAAGAUGACCCAAGAAACCCUGCAGUUAUUGCAGACAAUGUUGGUGACAAUGUUGGGGAUAUUGCUGGUAUGGGAUCCGAUCUUUUCGGGUCGUAUGCUGAGUCAUCAUGUGCAGCUCUUGUAGUUGCUUCCAUUUCCUCAUUUGGUAACAAUCAUGAUUUCACUUCAAUGAUGUAUCCUCUCCUAGUGAGUUCCGUUGGCAUUCUUGUUUGUUUGCUCACUACCCUUUUCGCCACUGACUUUUUCGAAAUCAAAACUGUUAAAGAAAUCGAACCCGCUUUAAAAUACCAACUCAUAAUUUCCACCAUCUUGAUGACUGUGGGUAUAGCCUUCGUUAGUUGGGUUGCCCUUCCUCCCUCCUUCACCAUCUUCAAUUUCGGAAUCCAGAAAGAAGUUCACAACUGGCAAUUGUUCUUAUGUGUUAGUGUCGGUUUAUGGGCCGGGCUUAUAAUCGGGUUUGUAACCGAAUACUUCACCAGCAACGCAUACAGCCCGGUCCAGGACGUGGCGGAUUCUUGCCGGACAGGGGCGGCGACAAAUGUAAUUUUCGGGCUUGCUUUGGGGUACAAGUCAUGUAUCAUUCCGAUCUUCGCAAUCGCAAUCAGUAUUUACGUUAGUUUCACUUUCGCCGCCAUGUACGGCGUCGCUGUUGCCGCCCUCGGAAUGCUGAGCACCAUCGCCACCGGUUUAGCCAUCGAUGCAUACGGUCCGAUCAGUGAUAACGCAGGCGGCAUCGCCGAAAUGGCCGGGAUGAGCCACCGGAUUCGCGAACGUACCGACGCCCUUGACGCCGCCGGAAACACCACUGCCGCCAUCGGAAAGGGUUUUGCAAUCGGGUCAGCGGCUCUUGUAUCGUUGGCUCUAUUUGGUGCGUUUGUGAGUAGAGCGGAGAUCAUAACGGUUGAUGUUUUGACGCCGAAAGUUUUUAUUGGUUUGUUGGUGGGAGCGAUGCUUCCUUACUGGUUUUCAGCCAUGACAAUGAGGAGUGUUGGAAGUGCAGCGCUUAAAAUGGUGGAGGAAGUCAGGAGGCAAUUCAAUACAAUUCCAGGUCUCAUGGAAGGCACUUCAAAACCCGAUUAUGCAACUUGUGUUCAGAUUUCAACCGAUGCAUCCAUUCAAGAGAUGAUUCCACCUGGCGCCCUUGUUAUGCUUACUCCUCUUAUUGUUGGGAUUUUCUUUGGGGUCGAAACGCUUUCCGGUCUUCUCGCCGGAUCUCUUAUCUCCGGCGUUCAGAUUGCUAUAUCUGCAUCAAACACGGGUGGUGCUUGGGACAAUGCCAAGAAAUAUAUCGAGGCUGGCGCUUCUGAGCAUGCACGAACGCUGGGCCCCAAAGGGUCGGACCCACACAAGGCGGCUGUGAUUGGUGACACUGUUGGCGACCCUUUAAAGGACACUUCCGGGCCGUCGCUAAAUAUCCUAAUCAAACUCAUGGCUGUUGAAUCCCUCGUUUUUGCACCAUUUUUUGCUACUCAUGGUGGUCUUCUCUUCAAGUUUUUUUAAAUAAUUUUUUUUGGGGUUUAUAACACUCGGAUAUAUACUUUAAGAGACUCUUGAAACUGUUUUUUUUACAUAUUUUUUUUUAGCUAUUAGAUAUUUUCAUUAUACCAAUUUGAACCCUUAGCAAUAAG